CGACACUCCCCGGAACUGGACGUCUUCUUGUGCCGGCUAUCACGUCAAAAUCUGGCUCGUGUCUUCCCGUGUAUCUUGCGCCUUUUGCACCGCGGCCACUUCGCGAAGGAUGUGAGAGUCUUCUGGUUCUCACCGAUCUUACUGGAGUUAUUCUGUGUUACUGCUGUUGAGCCAGUUGCAACAACCCCCCCGAGCCGUUCGGCUGGAUUUGUCACUGUCGUCGAUCGUCAAAACUCGGCGACACCUACCACGAUCACCCAUUCGGUUCUAUAAUGCCCGAAAGAUCCUGGCACUCUCGAGCGUCGAGUAGCUGCAGAUCGAGGUGCGUCGCCUUGUCGGAGAGAACACCGACGGAAAAGAGCAUACCAAGACAUCUUUUCCGAACUGGGUUGUCAACCCCCUUGCUGAUGCAACAGAAACGACUGGUUCUUCAACGUAUUCACCCCCCAACACUGGCCCUGCUUCUCGACUCCGCUUCAACUCCCCAGAUGGACGCCAAGGGCUUGAGUAUCGCUGCCUCGCAGACUCAUUGAGGGGUAAUCUGGGGAAGCCGUGGAAGUCAUGGAUGGCUUCUUGGGAUGUGUACAUAAGUAACUAGCACCAUGAAGGUAGUUCAACUGACGACUCUCUGCUCCGGCCCUUUGCCUCAUCCAUGCUUCAUUGUCUCUCCAGCGAGUGACGUCUCCUGCUUCCCUGUUCAGAUCCUGUAGACUGCACAAUGGCCACCAACAAACCUCUCGACGACGGCAAUGUGUCGGCCGGGGUCGUGGGAGGAGAGGCGAACUCGAUCAACCGUGUCGACACCGCGAACGACGACGCAGACUUCCAGAAGAUCCCCAAGAUGGACAAGGUGGACGAGUUCGGAGCACACGCCAAGACGGACCCAAAGGAGAUUGCACUCGUGAAGAAGCUCGACGCCUACAUCAUCCCCAUCCUGUGGCUGAUGUACCUGUUCAACUUUCUGGACCGAAACGCCAUCAUUAACGCCAGGCUGAACGGCCUAGAGAAGGACCUUGGCUUGGUCGGGACCCAGUACAACACAUGUGUGUCCAUUUUGUUUGUAGGGUAUAUCUGUGGUCAGAUCCCAUCCAACAUGAUUCUCAGCAGGGUGCGGCCGUCCUGGUACAUGGCUGGGUUCUGUAUGGCUUGGUCGGUGGUCAGUCUCUUGACGUUCAAGGUCAAUAGCUACAGCGGAAUGAUUGCCUGCCGCUUCUUCUUGGGUAUCACCGAAGCUCCUUUCUACCCCGGAGCGCUCUACAUCAUCAGCAUGUUCUACACCAGAAAAGAGGUCGCGACGCGGAUGUCCCUAUUUUAUACGGGGAACAUGCUGGCAAGCUCGUUCUCGGGGCUCAUCGCGGCAGGCAUCUUCGCCGGGCUUGACGGGUCUAUGGGCCUCGCGGGCUGGCAGUGGCUGUUCAUCAUCCAAGGCGCCGUGUCCAUCGGCGUCGCCGUCGCCGCGCUGUUCCUCCUCCCGGACCACCCGCUCACGACACGCUGGCUGACGCCCGAGCAGAGGCAGCUCGCCCACAACCGCAUUUACAUCGACACCACCGGCCGCCGCGAAGGGACGAGCGUGUGGACCGGCCUGCGCGACGCGUGCGUCGACUGGCGCACCUGGGCCUUCUGCCUCAUGUACCACCUCCACCUCGCGGCCAACGGCUUCCAGAACUUCCUCCCGACCGUCAUGCAGACCCUGGGCUACAGCACGACCGUCACCCUGGCGCUGACGUGCCCGCCGUACAUCCUCGCCGCGGCGGUCGGCAUCCUGGUCUCCUGGACGUCCGGCCGCUACAACGAGCGGACGUGGCACAUCACCGUCCUAAAGUCCAUCGUCAUCGGCGGCUUCGUCGUCGCCGUGGCCACGCUCAACAUCGCGGCGCGCCUGGUCGGCAUCGUCUUCUUCGUGGGCGCCACGUUUGGGAUCAACAACCUGAUCCUCGGCUGGGCCUCCAGCACCCUCGGCCAGACGGAUGAGAAGAAGGCCGUCUCCAUCGCCAUGUGCAACACCCUGGGCAGCAUCGCCAGCAUCUACACGCCAUACCUCUGGCCCAGCUCGGGCUCGCCGCGUUAUCUGACGGCGUGGAUCGCCAGCAUUGCCUUCUCGGUAGGGGUGAUUGUGAUUGCUUGGUGGUUGCGGAUUUCCCUGCAGCGGAAGAACAAGAAGACGAGAGAGCAGCACCCAGAGGAAACGAACUUUUAUGUGUAUUAAUCUCUUAUGGCGUCCGUUGUUUGCCAAUCGGGCUCUUGGCUCCAUAGAAGGACCAUGAGGAGAGGAGCGGCCUUUGGAUUUUCUUGUCACAGCUCUCAUACUUGACCAAAGGAAACAUGUGCACUGUUGUCCUCUGGGUACGCUUCUUAAACAUCUGCCAAGUAUGGCAAUUUGAACGAGCGAAUCUGCUCUUGAGCGAACUCCUUUGAGCAUGGCAGCACUUUUGGCAGUAUAUAAAACCUCCCAACUUGGUUCCACGAGACAAUCCACAAUCGCGAACCACAAAACCUCUUUGCUGCUGUCAGUAAAGCAGUCGCCACCAGAUCGGUAUCUUGAAUCUUUCUGAUGUUCAUCGAACAUAAAAGAUCCGUCAGUGUUGCUAGAUGGACGGCAGUUGGGCUUUCACGGCGUGGUAUAGCUACGUGUAGCUCGAAGGCAGAACGACUGAACAUAACCAUCAGAAGGCUUAGUCUGGUUUUUCGAAGCUGUUUCAUAUUCUGCGAACGGAAAAAAAUCGAUGAAUUAGCUACUUUUCAUCUCAGUAAACAAACGUUGCCGCUCUGGACGUCUCUUGCCGUCCCAUCAAACCAAAGCAUCGGGUUUGUCUGCCUGUAUCAAACUGGAGUCAGCUCUAGCCUCGAACUAUGAGUUGAAAUUCAAGUCCUCUCACUAUUUCACGUCACAGAAAGCGAUAAAUCAAUGGACCAGCUCGGGAAUCCGCCUGACGUUUAUGUUUAGACUUCUCUUCGACAACUGUGGCCUCGGUCUCGAAUCAGGCUUUGCAUUAACGAGGACUUGA